CAGAAAUCGAAUUCUUUCGUCUGUACUUCACCCGCAGAUUCUCAAGUAAACUGUUCCUGAAAGAUUUAAAGAGAUGACCUCACACGAUUAAGUCACAAACGCGUUCGAUUCCAGUUGAAUGGAGUGACCAUCACAUUUCUGUUGGAUUUUUAGUCGUUCGAUCAUGGAUGACGUUUUGGACGAGGUCGUUUCUUCAGAGGAUUUAAAGAAAUUUGAGUGUAAAUAUCACGACCACCUUCGCACAGGGGAUGUUACGCCAAAAGUGCAAUUCGAGUAUGCGUGGUGCUUGGUCAGGAGCAAGUAUCCUGCGGAUAUCAGAAAAGGAAUUAUCCUGUUGGAGGAUCUUUUCAAUAAUCAUUGCGACAGUGAACGGCGAGACUGUCUAUAUUAUUUAGCAAUUGGAAAUGCUAGGAUAAGGGAGUAUCAGAAAGCUUUGGGGUAUGUGAGAAUGUUCUUGCAAGUUGAACCAUCUAAUCAGCAAGUACAGCACUUGGAGACAUUAAUAAAAAAGAAAAUGGAAAAAGAGGGUUUCAAAGCAAUGGCAGUUGCUGGCAUGGGUAUAGUUGGAGUAGCUACCGUUCUUGGACUUGGUAUUGCAAUGGCUAAGCGUAAGGGGUAACUUUGUAUGAACCGUGGGAUUCUUCUGAUAUCGUAGAUUUACCAAAAAUUGAAUAUUUAAAAAAAAUGAGAAACGCUAUCACACUAUACAGAAAAAUAAAAGCAUUCGAGCAGGACUUUAAAAGCGAAGAUCAUACGUUAAAGGCACCAAAUGGGUUUUGUUCCAUCCAAGAAUAGUAAUAACACCAGAUAAUGCCUUUCUUGUUAUUGCAUACCUUUUUAGACUACCUUAGUAUCAAAGAUGAUAGUUUUCAGACAUUAGUUUUGCAUUCUACGUGGUUUGAUUUUAUACAAGAGAGAACUCAUAAAAUUUUAAUUGUUCUCCAUAAAUUUGAUAACUUAUUUUGGAACAUUCCAAGAAAUGUUUCUUAUACGACUCCUUUCAGACCAAAGCUAUAAUGAUACGUUAAUUAAGGUUUGUACAGAGUGCAGAUAUUAUGUAAAAUAAUUAGCCCCGCGUUAUUACGAUUGCCAAGCAAUAAACAUUCAUAAUUUGCCCUCUAUCUACAAUUUCUUAUUCGAGUGCAUGAAUUCAAGGUUUCGGUAAGCCUAAGACAUUUUGUCCAAAGAUAGAAUACCGAAAAUUAAUUAUCCACACGAUUAUAAUUCAAGUUUUUGAAUACGACGUCAACAUUUUGGAUGUUAAAUUAUAAAUUUAUGAUCGAUGUAAUGUAGGGAAUAUAUUAUUAUUUAUCUUAGUUGUAGGACUUAUUAAUUACAUAUUAUGGAUGAUGGGAAUCUGCUUUGUCUUUUGUAAACAUUCGUGUAUUUCUAUCGUUCAAGUACAGAAUUUGGUAUAAAAUUAAAAGGGGUAAUACAGGAUUACAUAGCAUGUAUGUCUUAUAUUUAGAAACGCGUUUCUAUUUUGUAUCGUCUAACAGCUAAUAAUGAAUGGUGAAAAUGUUGAAGA